UGUUGUCUCAUUUCAAUCAAAAUGAGAAUACUAACGAUACUUGGACUUUUAUACCUCCUACGAGAAAGUUACACAGUAGCCACUUUAAUCGACGUAAAUAAUAUCGGUUUGUCACUCAAUUGCAAAAAUUAUGACAACCCAUCGUCAUUAACGGGCCUGAAGAGGUACCUUUUCUGCGAAUACGACCGUAAUGUCCGACCGACUGUGUCUCAUCAUAUUGUCAACAACGUGACCAUACAAUUGCUGCCAAAAAUCCUGGAAUUCGAUGAUUGGAACAGCAGAAUGACGUUGCACAGCUGGAUGACGCUCGUCUGGUCAGAUGUACACUUGUCAUGGGAGCCUAGCAAAUUCGACGGGAUCAAUUUUAUUCACAUGAAAAGUGACGAAAUUUGGGUUCCAGAUAUUUCCGUCUAUAAUUCCGGCGACAUGUCAAUGGACCAGACCGGUAUACCACCGACGUUAUGCUUGAUCAUGAGCUCAGGGACGGUCAGCUGUGUGCCAUCGAUGAGACACGUAGCUAAAUGCGCCACGGACUUUUCUUCUUGGCCCUAUGACACGCAUCGAUGUCGAAUUAAUUUAGGUUCGUGGGUUCAUACUGGAGAAGAAGUGAGCUUCCACCUGGACAGAAAAGGGUUUCAAAUGGAGGGAUUCUCGAACAAUAGCGAGUGGGAUUUCAAAGUGGUAAACGCGUACAAAGUGUUAAAGAAAUACAAAUGUUGCCCAAACGAUAGUUACCCCAUGAUCACCUACGAGUUCGACAUACGUCGACAUCAUGGUAUAAUGCAUACCACGUAUAUUACACCUGCUAUAGCGCUCAUGUUGCUUACAUUGACUGUACUUUGGUUGGACUCGAGGUCCACAGAAAGAAUGGCUAUGGCUGGGAUGAACUUGAUCUGCCAUAUGCUCUGUAUAUUUGAUUUGCAUUGGCAACUACCUCACAAUGGUACCAAUCCUCCUAGUAUAUUACUCUACUAUCGAAAUUCGCUACUUCUGGCCGUAUUCGCCUUAAUGCUAACCGCUUUGCUCCGCAAGAUGCAAGAGAUAAAUAUCGAGGUGCCAUAUUGGAUCUCUACGACCACGUCGUUCGUCCUAAGUAACAGGGCCGGGCGUUUCCUCAUUCUUGCCGACGACGAUUCCAAAUUAUCGACCGAGAGAAUAUUGAGCGGAGAAACCGAAGAUAACUCAGAGUUGCCAAAACCUCGAACCAGCCCCAAGGAAUCGUCGUGGAGACAUUUCGCGGCCAUAAUCGAGUGGUUGUUCUUCUUCCUCGUGAUUUUCAUCUACGUCAUCAUUAUUAUCAUCCUUGUACCAUCUCUCUCACGAUUAAAUAUGAAGAAUCUAUUUCCUGUUUUAUUCGUGAUCUUCGACGUUCUUUUAAUUAAACAAGCAACUUCUUCGUCGAUCUUUUGCAAAGACAUCCCAAGAAAUACUUCGAUGCUACAGCUGUAUAACUAUCUAUUUUGUAAUUACAAUUCUUACGAGAGAAGUAUAGACAAGAAUAAAAAUACCACUGCCAUUGAUUUUGGGUUAAACGUAUAUCACUUCCAAGUUAAUAAUUUGGAGAACACUGUCGAGUUCAACGUUUGGAUAAGAUUGAUCUGGAAAGAUUCUCAUUUCGUGUGGAAGCCGCAGGAUUUCGGCAAUAUUCGUUCUAUUCGCGUGACGAGCAACAUGAUCUGGACUCCGGACAUCGUAAUUCACAGCGCAACACCGUGGAACGUCGAUAUGGAGAUACCAACGACCCAGUGUAUAAUACAGUAUGAUGGAACCGUAAUUUAUGUUGCACCGAUCAUAUAUCUGACAUUUUGCGACUUUGAUCAUACUUGGUGGCCUUAUGAUAUGAUGAACUGCUCCAUACAUAUCGCCUCGUGGUCACAUUCGAACAAAGAAGUAACUUUGCGGAGUAAAAAUUUUAAACUUGAACCCGAACUUCUACUGGAUGCGCCCUACAAAAAUUUGGAGUGGGAAACAGUGGAAAUUUCUCAAAGUAAACACGAAGUUGACUUCAAGUUUGGUUUAGGCUUUACCACCGACUUGUUAGCCUAUAACAUUCUUAUAAAAAGAAAAUCCUCCAUGUAUAGUAUAAUAUACAUGACUUUCGCUAUAGCUUUAAUGAUGACGACACUGAUGGUACUGUGGUUAGAGCCGAAAUCCAUGGAGCGUAUGAUAAUAGCGAAUUUGAAUUUUGUUUUGCACCUUCUUUGUCUACUGGAAUUGAACUGGAUGAUUCCUUUCAAUGGGGCCUAUCCACCACAACUGCUUGUGUUCUAUGAAAAAUCUCUCGUCUUAGCAGCAUUCUCUCUGAUACUGACUAGUACUUUGCGUUAUUUAGAAGAAUUAAACAACGAAGCACCAAUGUGGGUAUCCUCGACCAUAGUUUCAAUUUUGGAAAGCAGAGUAGGUCAAGUAUUUUUAGUGAGUAUUUUGGAUCCGAAAGUAUCGGCCAGAAUCGAAAUGAACGUAGAUGACAAUACAAAUUUGAUGUCCCUCGAUAAGAAAGAGUUUACCUGGAGAUACACUUCUAUUUUGAUCGGAUGGCUUGCUUUCUUAAGCGUUUUAUUCGUUUAUAUAAUAAUACUAAUUGUUUCUCUACCAACGAGCUGGUACAAAAGUUCCUUUCCGUUAAAAUCUAAUUUAUAA